AAAAAAAAAGAAACAGAAACAUUUUGUUUGUUUUGCCAUAUAGCAAACACAGCAGCGUGAUCCCAUUGAGUCUCUCAAAAGCGCAAUUUGUUUUUAUUUUUAUUUUGUCCCAAUUUCUUUCAUUCACUCACUCACUAACUCUCCACAGAAAUCCAACUCGUGACUUUCAAUUUUCAAUUCCCCAUCUCAUAGUCACUCUCAUUCUCUCUUCCAUUCAUUAGCACUCUCUGUUAGAUCUCUCUCCAUCGACGGAGCACAAGUAGGAAUUUGACAUGGAAUUGAAGAGGAACUGCGAGAAAGGGAAAGGGAAAGGGAAAGGGAGUGUCAGAAAGACAUAAUGAGGUUUUAUAUUUCCACGACGGGGAUUAAGAAAGUAACUAUCUCUAACUCCGGCGGAAGCGGCGGGGGAAAGGGAUCAACAGUGGCGGCGAGUCGGAGGUUUUUUAGCCGGACAGUUUUGCCGGUGGUGCUGUUGCUUGGCAUUAUUUUGCCCUUUCUUUUUGUCAGAAUCGCGUUUUUGGUCCUCGAAUCUGCGGCUGCUUGCAAUUCUUCAUUUGACUGUAUGGGAUGGAGGUUUUUCGGCGGGAGUGAUACAUCUCUGAAGAUGAAAGAAGAGCUGACAAGAGCUUUGUUGGAGGCAAAAGAUGGUGACAUUAAUGAUAAUGGAAGAGAUGAUUCAAUUGAAUCAUUUAAUGAGCUUGUGAAAGAAAUAACGUCUAAACGGCAAGACAUAAAGGCUUUUGCUGUCAGGACCAAGGCCAUGCUAUCAAAAAUGGAGCACAAGGUGCAAUCAGCCAGACAGCGUGAAUUGGUUUACUGGCAUUUAGCUUCACAUGGUAUUCCAAAGAGCCUACAUUGCCUUUGUCUAAAAUUGGCUGAGGAAUAUGCCAUAAAUGCCAUAGCCCGAUCUCGUUUACCUCCACCUGAAUAUGUUUAUCGUCUGGCAGACCCUUCCUUUCAUCAUGUUAUUCUCAUAACUGAUAAUGUUCUUGCUGCCUCAGUUGUCAUAUCGUCUACUGUCCAAAACUCAGCCAGCCCUGAAAAAUUGGUGUUCCACAUAAUUACUGACAAGAAAACUUACACCUCGAUGCAUGCAUGGUUUGCUAUCAAUCCUAUUAAAUCAGUAGUUGUUGAAAUUAAGGGAUUGCACCAAUAUGACUGGUCCCAGGAAGUGAAUCUUGGAGUUAGGGAGAUGUUAGAGAUUCAUCGCAUUAUUUGGAGCCAUUACUACACCAAUAUGAAAGAAGAUCUUCUACAUGAGGGAAAGCAUAGAAGUCUUGAGGCUUUAAAUCCUAGCUGUCUUUCCCUUCUGAAUCAUCUCCGAAUUUAUAUUCCUGAGCUUUUUCCCGGUCUCAACAAGAUAGUUUUCUUGGAUGACGAUGUAGUGGUGCAACAUGACAUAUCAUCUUUGUGGGAAUUGGAUCUCAACCAGAAAGUUGUUGGUGCUGUUGUUGACUCAUGGUGUGGCGAAAACUGCUGCCCAGGAAGAAGAUAUAAAGAUUAUUUGAAUUUUUCUCACUCAAUAAUUUCUUCCAACUUUGACCCUGAACGUUGUGCUUGGCUCUAUGGCAUGAAUGUCUUUGAUCUUGACACUUGGAGGAGAGCUAAUAUCACAACAAAUUACCACAAAUGGUUGAAACAUAACCUCAAAUCUGGAUUAGAAUUGUGGCGACCAGGGGCACUUCCAGCAGCCUUACUUGCUUUUGAGGGUCAUGUGCAUCCUAUCGACCCUUCAUGGCAUCUGGCUGGACUAGGUCAUAGACCUCCAGAAGUUCAAAGAGAGACAUUAGAAGCUGCUGCCGUUUUACAUUUCAGUGGCCCUGCAAAGCCCUGGCUUGAGAUUGGGUUCUCAGAGGUACAAAGCUUAUGGAAUAGACAUGUAAAUUUUUCGAACGAGUUUAUUAGGAAAUGUAGAAUUAUUGGGUGAAGAGGACGAAGUGCUCUCACCUGCCCAUAUUCAUCUUAAAAUCAAACCAGUGACAUAGUAUGAAAGCAGAGGGAAGAAGGUUUUGCCUUCAGCCUCUGCUCACACUGAGCUCUGAACAAUAUGAUAUUUGUUGUUUCCUGUCCAUAAUACAAAAUAGUCGAAAGUACCACGCUGCACACAGUAGGUCAGGAUCUUCAAUCUCGAAGAGAGAAUGAUCAUGGAUGUACCUUUUCUAGCAUUGUAUAUUAAUUUUAGCCAGAUGAUUGAAAUUAGUUAAUCUAUUAUUAUUAUUAUUAUUAUUA